UCGGCGGGGCUUCUCUUCGCUGGGUCUCUGCCCGCCCUUGCGGGAGGGGAGGGGAGGCGGGGAAGCGAGCGGAGCGCCUUCCCUCCUUUCCUCACAUGACUGCGGGCGAAGGGACAGGCAUGGAGGGGCAGCCGCCCGCGGACCCCGGCGCCUCAGAUUUGGCAAAACCUUUGAUAAGCGACUGGAGGGACUCUGAAGAGCCACUGAUGCAGGCACCCCCGGGAAAUCCACUGGUAAUUACCCACACCCUGCCAGAGCUGCUGGGCAAAGAUACAGUACAGGUGGAGCUGAUCCCUGAGAAGAAAGGCCUGUUUCUGAAACAUGUGGAGUACGAAGUUUCCAGCAAGCGUUUCAAGUGCUCUGUGUACAGACGGUAUAAUGACUUUGUGGUCUUUCACGAGACACUCCUUCAGAAGUUCCCAUAUCGGAUGGUCCCGGCUCUUCCACCCAAAAGAAUGCUAGGAGCGGACCGAGAGUUCAUUGAGGCGAGGCGGCGAGCAUUGAAGCGUUUCAUCAAUUUGGUGGCCCGGCACCCUCCAUUCUCAGAAGAUGUCCUUCUCAAGCUCUUUCUCUCCUUCAGUGGGUCGGAUGUGCAGAACAAACUGAAGGAACUGGUCCAGGGCGUGGGGGAUGAAUUCAUGAUCUGCAAGUUGGCAACCCAAGCCAAGGAUUUCCUGCCUGCUGACAUCCAGAUCCAGUUUGCGGCCAGCCGGGAGCUGAUCCGAAACAUCUACAACAGCUUUUACAAGCUGAGGGACCGGGCGGAACGGAUCGCUUCCCGAGCGGUCGACAACGCUGCCGACCUUCUCAUAUUCGGGAAGGAGCUGAGUGCUUUGGGCUCCGACACAACCCCACUUCCUUCGUGGGCUGCUCUGAAUAGUAGCGCUUGGGGGAAUCUCAAGCAAGCCCUGAAAGGCCUCUCCGUCGAAUUUGCACUACUUGCGGACAAAGCAGUUCAACAGGGUAAACAGGAAGAGAAUGAUGUGGUGGAGAAGCUGAAUCUUUUCCUGGACUUGCUGCAGUCCUAUAAAGACCUAUGCGAGAGGCACGAGAAGGGUGUCUUGCACAAGCACCAGAGGGCCUUGCAGAAGUACAGUCUGAUGAAGAGGCAGAUGAUGAGCGCUGCAGUCCAGAACAAGGAACCAGAGUCGGUGGAGCAACUGGAGUCCCGCAUCGUGGAGCAAGAGAACGCCAUCCUGACAAUGGAGCUGCGGAAUUAUUUCUCCCUCUAUUGCCUGCACCAAGAGACCCAACUCAUCCACAUUUACCUGCCAGUCACCUCUCACAUCCUGGGGGCUUUCGUCAACUCCCAGAUCCAAGGCCAUAAAGAGAUGAGCAAAGUCUGGAAUGAACUGAAACCCAAACUGAGCUGCCUCUUUGUCGGACCCAGCAACACACCAAUGCCAUCCUUCCCACCCCAGGAGGGCACCUUCUUUUCUAGUUAAUGCUUUAGGAGGGUGGGGUAGGGCAGUCAGGAGAGGGAAGAGCCUAUGGGGGACUUGCACAUACAGUCAAAGGAAUCCUCCCAUUGGCUAGAUUUGUACUUUAUUAUUAAUAUUUUUGCUGCUUUGAAGUGCUCUGUGUUUGAUGGGCUGCCUGGAAAUGUGACCAUGCAAAGAGAGAGUGCUAUCCUAAGUAGAGUUACUCUAGUCUAAGCCUAUUGAAAUCAGUGGGCUUAGGCUGGAGUAAUUCUUGUUUAGGAUUGCACUGAGAAUCUUGCUUUCCUUUUAUUGUUUUGGCUUUCAUGCUGAAAUGCUGAGGGAUGGGACCAUACCUUUCUCCUGAGUUUUCUGUUGCUAUUGUCCUUAAUCCCGCUGUUUUAAUAUACCUGUCGAUUUCUGUCUUUUGGAAUCCCCACCUGUGAACGAGGAAGGGAGUGAGCAAGCACAGAGCCAAAUCUGGCCCUGAGCUCCCUGCUGCUUACCAGCCCAGAAGCCAAAAUAUGGGGCUAGGAGGGCAUGUAGUGUUGAUGUAGUCUUAGGGAACCCCAGUUGGCUAUAGGGUGUGGCCUCCUUUCUUCUUAAAUAAGCCCUUCAUUUAAACAAAUUGCUGACACAGGGUUUGGAACGUGAUGGGCAUCCUGCAUCAUCAACUGGUGUACAUCAAAUGUUUUGCACAGAUUUAAGCUGGAGGGGAAGGGAGGGGGGUUCAUUGUACACAUUCCUGGAAAGGCUGUGGUUGAUGGGCACUUAAGUGUUGUUCAGCAACCUCUACAAAGUAGAAGCGUGUGUGGCUGUCAUGGAUGCCUGGAUCUCCUGCAUCAAAAUACAACAUAAGAGUGUUGCUUUUUGAAUAAGCUGAAAGAUUUCCAGCCAAGGCAUCAGAGUUGCCUUCUUCCUUUUCUACACUUGGAGAAUGCUACAAAACAUAGGUAGGAAGGAAGAGUACGAGGAUUCCUUCCUUGGUCCUCAAACCUUUACCACUGAAUGGAGUUGUAAGGAAAGGGAAUCUUAAAGGAACUUUUUGGAGUGUGUGUGCGCGUGCGUGCACAUAGUGGGUGGUGGUAAUAAAUGAUCGCAAUUCUAGUGGAUGGAACUGGAAACAUAGAAGUAACCCUUCACUGGAGAAGGUCUGAAUAUCUUCACAUGAUACAGCGUGAUUGACAUCAGAGGUAUUUGCACCCAGCCAUCCUUCUUCUUGAAGGAGGCAGCUUAUUAAACCGAAAAAUGGCAGUGGAGACAGAUGCCACAUUUUAAGAAGUGGGAAAGCUGGUCUGGAAACAGUGCAUUCAGUUCACAAAGUACCUCUUCAUAACCAGGGUCAAAGUUUGGAGGCAGGGGGAGACGUGCUCUGCAGAUUUGCAGCGAAAGCCUGUUUGUGAUUGUUGGGUUUCCUCUAUGUUGUCACCAAGGUAUUACUCCCCACCCGCCCUCCAAAGUCCCUACAGUGGGCUUUAAAAAAGGGAUGAAGGAUAAAUGAACAAUAUAUUGCACUUCGAAACAAUAGUGACCCUCUCAAAGCAUGGGAGAGAGGAUCUGACAGCUGGAACGGAGUUCAGUGUGCCGAGUGACAUGUCUGUUGUGCAAAUUGCUUGCAUUGGAAGUGAAGAACUGACUAUGACUUGCUACUUUACUCCCAUCUUCACCCAUAGGAUGUUCUAAUGUGAGUUGUCAUAUUAGGCAGCGAGGGGUGGGGGUGGGUAUCUAGGUUGCUGGGACUGUACCUUAAAGUGGAACAGUGUCAUGCCUAUACAAGUAAGCUGGCUGUGGGUGUUAGUGAUGUAAGUUUUCAAAGUGCCAUCUCUGGGCAUGAAGCCCCUUUCUAAACUCCAGGGAUCUGGAGCCUCUUCCUUCCUCCCGCCUUCUUCUUCUACAUCCCUUUUCCCCACCCUUAUAUUCAUAAAGAAGGGUGGAGACUCAGCUCAGCACAAGAACCAAAGUGUUGCGAGCUGGGAUCGUUGGAAUGGGGUUAGGCAGAUUCGCGGAGGUCUAACAGUGGCAGCAAACCUCCGAAUCGCAGUGCAGGGAGUCAAGGUUAGGGGGAAAGCUCUGGCCCCUGUGCCGUUUUUGAUUCUCCAGGGUUAGCUGCUCUGUGAAUUAGAACGGUGAAGUAGUUGGACCGUUGGUGCAGUCCAGCAGGGCUGCUCUUUGCGUUCUUUUGUUCCUUCUGUAGGAAUAGAUCGGUGCUUCUCCUGCCCCACUCCCAGGGGUUGUGCUAAAACACACCAGUAGUGUAAUCUUGCUCAAACCAGCUCAGUGGUCCAUAUAGUGAAAUUUUUCUCUGUGGAGAAACCAACUUUUUUCCUUUGUAUGUUAACACAACAUACAUUUUUGGGAACUUUUAUAGCACGGGUUUGAAAAUACUAACUUCCCCCCCUUGUCUACAGCAACAAGGAUUAUUUUGUGCAGGUUUUUUUUUUUUAAGAGGGGGGAAAACCCUUUGCAGCUAAGGAAAUAAAUUCUUUAGGAGCUGGGUGUGGCAAAGCCCUUCUCCAUUUAAAGAAAUGGCAUCUUUGUAGCUGUGUGGGCAUCAAACCAAAUAUGUCUGUCAUGUUGUGUUCAUGCCCCUCAGGUCUCUGACCUGUUGCUGGAGAGAGAGAGCAAGAAGUAGCAGGGUUGAUUUUCUUGGGAUCUGGGCCUAUAGUGAAGCAAAGGGACUUAGCGUCUGCCCUGAAUGCAUUUUGUAAGCAAUAAAUAAAACAAUGCAGCAAGACUAAUAAAUUGGGUAACUCUUCCCCAACUUAAUUGUGCCCUCCCAUGGAAGAACUGGCCUGGAAGGGAAUGAUGGGAAGUUUCAGGGCCUUUUGGGAAGAGAAUGCCAUGUGUGGUGACCUACCCUUGGAGAGGAUACAAGUCUCUCCAAGGAUGCUUUCCACAAACCUUGUUUCUGUAAAGACUCCACUGCCUUAAAUGUAAUAGUCUCAGGUCAAGCAGCCUGAAUUGAACCUGAAUGCGGAUAAAGAGACCCAUUCUUUGGAGUUUAAGGCUCCAUUCAUUGGAAAGUUGGUGCUUUUUCAUUCAACGGGAUUUGUUUCCAAGUAAGCCUGUAUAAUGUUAGACUACAAGGCUGUGACACUCUUCAUGUAUGUUCUGAAGAAAACCAACUGAGCUCAAUGGGGUUUAUACCUAUCCGUGUAGGCUUGUAGUGUUAGCAAGAAACAAGCCCCCCCCCACUUGUAUUACUUGCGCAAACUUCCAAUAAAUGUGUGUAAGACUGAGGUCAAAGACCUUGCUUUUCUCUGCUUUGCCUACCAAGAAAGGGCAGGUGUACAUUAUUAGCCAGAAAAUGCUGUUUCUGAUGGCCCAGUCCCUGUAGCUUUGGAGGUGUUUAUUUCCCUUUCUUUUGUAAGAAACCAAAUUUUGGAAUAUCCAAGUUUUCUAACUUGGUGCUUCUUCCCCCAGUGCUUUGCACAAAUAGAGCCAUGUGUUUGGGUUUUUUUUAUUUGACAAAGCACUUUAUCAAACUGCAGGAAUUAGAGAAUUUAUGGCUACAGCUGGAAGAUAAAAUGUUUACAAAUUUUAUGACACCCCACGAAUUCUAUCAACAAAUGUUACAAAAAAUGUAUUUGUAUUCAUAAAACUUCUAUUAAAAAAGUUUAUUUCA